AUGACUGUGUCCUUCAGAAUGCUGUUGCCCAUGCUCCUGCUGUGUACGGCAGGUCUUGGCCGCACCGAGACCGUCCUCGGCGUCUACAUAUUCCAGCGACACGGCGACAAGGUUCUCGCUCCAGCACAGCUUACAGACCUUGGAUAUGCGCAGAUGUUCUUGACUGGCAAUUACUUCCGUGAGCGUUACGUGUCCGCUGGCUCCUCCCGCCGGAUAAGCGGCAUCAGCACCGACUUUGUCGAGUUGGGCCAACUUGAAGCCAGCGCCCCAGACGAUGAUGUUAUCCAGACAUCGGGCCUUGCUUUCUUGCAAGGCCUCUAUCCACCAGUGGGCUCCACGAUGGCAACAGAGACGUUGCGCAAUGGGUCCUCCGUUCAGGCACCGCUGAAUGGGUAUCAGCUUAUCCCGAUCCAGACGCUCCAGGUGGGUCAGGACAGUGAGAACAACCCAUGGCUGCAGAGCACAAUAUCCUGCUCCAAGGCCGUGAUAAGUAGCAACAAUUUCUUCUCCUCUGCGGAGUACCAGAGCCUGCUGAGGUCUACCAAGCCACUGUAUGAAUCCCUCGCACCUUUAGUGAAUCAGACCUUCCAGCCAGAGCAGUUGUCGUACAAGAACGCUUUUGUGAUUUGGGAUCUUUUGCAUGUUGCCUUGAUCCAUAAUUCGACAACCACUUUCCCGGCAUCCAGCAUCCUGACCGAUGCUGUGAUGCAGGAGCUGCUUGGGCUUGCAAACUCUCACGAGUUCAAUCUCGCAUACAAUGCUUCAGACCCUAUCCGUGCUAUUGCGGGCAAGUCCCUGGCUGGUCAGGUAUUGACCGCUUUGAACAGACCAAUAAAUACCGUAGUACCUCUGAGGCAAAUGAUAUAG